CCCAAGCCUCCUUACAGCCUCUUCUGCUAUUGCAGGGUGAUGUUGGACUCCGUGACACACAGCACCUUCCUGCCCAACGCGUCCUUCUGUGACCCCCUGAUGUCGUGGACAGAUCUGUUCAGCAAUGAAGAGUAUUAUCCUGCCUUUGACCAUCAAACAGCCUGUGACUCCUACUGGACAUCUGUCCACCCCGAGUACUGGACCAAGCGCCACGUCUGGGAAUGGCUCCAGUUCUGCUGUGACCAGUACAAGCUGGACGCCAACUGCAUCUCCUUCUGUCACUUCAAUAUCAGCGGCCUGCAGCUGUGCAGCAUGACACAGGAGGAGUUCAUUGAGGCAGCAGGCAUCUGUGGAGAGUACCUGUACUUCAUCCUCCAGAAUAUCCGCUCUCAAGGUUAUUCCUUUUUUAAUGAUGCUGAAGAGACCAAGGCCGCCAUCAAAGACUAUGCUGAUUCCAGUUGCUUGAAAGCAGGUGGCAUCAAAAGUCAAGACUGCCACAGUCACAGUCGAACAAGCCUUCAAAGCUCUCACCUCUGGGAAUUUGUGAGAGACCUGCUCCUCUCUCCUGAGGAGAACUGCGGCAUUCUGGAAUGGGAAGAUAGGGAACAAGGUAUUUUUCGGGUGGUAAAAUCAGAAGCCCUGGCCAAGAUGUGGGGACAAAGGAAGAAAAAUGACAGAAUGACAUACGAAAAACUGAGCAGAGCUCUGAGAUACUACUAUAAAACAGGAAUUUUGGAACGGGUCGACCGAAGGUUAGUGUAUAAAUUUGGAAAAAAUGCACACGGGUGGCAGGAAGACAAGCUAUGAUCUGUGCCAUGCAUCCAGCUCACUGUAUGGAUUUCUGUCUUUUAAAACAAUCAGGUUGCAAAAGACAUUUGAAAGUUUUUGUCUUUUUCUUUUUUUUUUAAACCUGCAAAAGUGCUGAUAAAAUUUCUCCACAUCUCAGCUCACAUUUGGACUCAGAGUUGUUGCUGUCUACUUGCGGUGAUGGUAGCCACCCUUAAGAAAAA